AUGCUCAUGGACUCUACAACGGCAACAGCAGAGCUGGGAUGGACUGUCUAUCCAGCAUUGGGGGUCAGUAGAACAAAGCAUCUCAUUACAUGACACACCAGUUUGGAAACCUUUAAAAAACUUUUAGUCAUUUUGCAGAACCAUUUUUGUAUCAUCUCUAGCUGCAGCAACAUGAGAAGGCCAAUUUAGAACAACAACAGUAAAUCAGGAAUCAAUACCCUUAUUUGUUUACCAUCAUGUUCAUACACCAUUGUUGUUAGGAAUACAAUUAGGGGCAGCAAUAUAUCCGGUCAUAGGUUGCAAAAGUCCCCAAAACAGCAUGUGUGAAACCCCCCUGAUGUAGUGGUUAGAGUUAAUCAUUUAUUUCAUAAAAUAAACUUCUAAGCAAAGUGGAAUGUGGUAAAUUUGCUUACGUAUGCCUUUCAUGUAAAAUGUAAAAGUGGGAGCUGUCUGACGAAUUGCAAGGUUGUUUUAUUAACUCUGCUGAAGGAAGAUUGUCUUGUCAUAGUGAAAUCAAUAAUUCAUGAAGUGUGUGUGGUGUCAGGAAGAUAAACAGUGUGAAAGCCGUGAGCCAAGUGAUACAUCAUCUGAAUAGUCUGACUGUCAGCUCGUUGUGUAGGCCUCAGAACAAGGCAGCCCAGGAAGACAAAUGUCUGACAUGGAAAUGUCCACUUUUAUAUUUAUUGUCUAUGGACUGUGUUUGUAAUUCCACAUGGGGUCUCAUGCAGACAAAGUUACAUAGACAAAGGUCUAAAAUACAAGCAGAAAAUAUAACAAUGUUACCUGACAGUAUAUUCAAUUGGAUUUGGUCACUUUGAAUCUUGUCCAAUAGUGUCCAAUUGGAUAAUUUAUAUGUAUUUCAAUUAUAUUAUUUAAUCAUAUCAUUACAUUUACAUUUUACAUAUUUAGCAGAUGCUCUUAUCCAGAGCGACUUACAGUUAGUGAGUGCAUACAAUAUUAUUAUUAUAUAUUUUUUUUCAUACCCCCCGUGGGAAUCGAACCCACAACCAACUGAGCUACAUCCCUGCCGGCCAUUCCCUCCCCUACCCUGGGCCAAUUGUGCGCCGCCCUAUGGGUCUCCCUGGUCGCGGCCGGCUACAACAGAGCCUGGAUUCUAACCAUGAUCUCUAGUGGCACAGCUAUCACUGCAAUGCAGUGCCUUAGACCACUGCGCCACUCGGGAGGCCAUAUCAUAUUGUUACCACGUUUAUUUUGACAUUAAUCAUGAUAUGGGUUCUUGGGUUUUUUACGAUCAGUAAUCAAAUGUCCCAUUAAAAUAAUUUGUUGACUGAUUACUUGUUUUCACUGGUCAUGGAUGUUAAACUGACCUCUUGCUCUGUCUGUCCCUGGCAGUGGGAGGAGGUGAGUGGCUACGACGAGAAUAUGAAUACCAUCCGCACCUACCAGGUGUGCAACGUCUUCGACAACAACCAGAACAACUGGGUCCGCACCAAGUACAUCCGCCGGCGCGGCUCCCAGCGUAUCCACGUGGAGAUGAAGUUCUCGGUGCGCGACUGCAGCUCCAUCCCCAGCGUCCCCGGCUCCUGUAAAGAGACGUUUAACCUGUACUACUACGAGACGGACUCUGACAUGGCCAAUAAGGUGUCCCCGGCCUGGAUGGAGAACCCCUGGAUUAAAGUGGACACCAUCGCUGCAGACGAGAGCUUCUCCCAGGUGGACCUGGGCGGCCGGGUGAUGAAAAUCAACAGGGAGGUACGGAGCUUCGGCCCCGUGUCACGCCAGGGUUUCUACCUGGCCUUCCAGGACUACGGCGGCUGCAUGUCGCUCAUCGCCGUGCGCGUCUUCUACAGGAAGUGCCCCCGCGUCGUCGAGAAUGGCGCUGUGUUCCCUGAGACCCUGUCGGGGGCGGAGAGCACCUCCCUGGUGGCGGCGCGGGGCGUGUGUGUGCCCAAUGGGGAGGAGGUGGAUGUGCCCAUCAAGCUCUACUGUAAUGGGGACGGGGAGUGGAUGGUGCCCAUCGGGCGCUGUAUGUGCAAGGCUGGGCACGAGGCGGUGGAGAACGGCACCGUGUGUCGAGGUGAGAGCUGCUGAUAUAAUGUGUUUACUGCUACUGUGGACGUUUUGCCUUGGGGUCACUUACUUAUUGAGACUAGUGAUAAGCCACAGGAUAGAGACUUGGACAGAUGUAGGAUCUUAAUUUGAGCCAGUUUGCUACAGCAGGAAAAUAAUCCUGCAGCAACAGGAAAUGUGAAUUAUUAUAAUGAAUGGACAUUUCUGUAGCAGCUGAUAUAUUUUUCGUAAAACGAACUUCAGAAGCCUUUUUAAAUGUCAAAUACACUACAAGUUUCACAUUUCCUGCAUUGCAAGAAAGUUCUCCUUCAACAGGGUGAUUUAAAUUAAGAUCCUACAUCUUUAAUGCAUAUAAUUACUUUGGUCUACUAACUACAGUAGAAUCACUAAGGGAACGCAAUUAGUGCCAGGAAAGAUGGGUCAAGAACGUGCUGUAGGGGGGAGAGUGUUGAGGGUAAUUAGAGGUGUCUUUAAACCGUAGACCUGUGUCCCAGCCUUACAUUCAGAGAGAUAUCACUUUAUGCCAAGAAAGCACUAUCCUAGUGUCUUCCCUUACCCUAAUGUAUUUCUGUGAUGAGUGAAGAAAGGAAGAGACAAGGAAAAUGUCCGACACACACACACACACAACCUUACACACAUAAAUCCCUGGCGAUUUGAUUAGAAAUAUCAAGUACUGCUAAUGAAGCCCUCAACGACCUGUUCUGCCGUGUUUCACGGUGUGAAGGUUUGUGUCUUUGGGGAGGAGGAACACUUAAAUAACCAGAGGUAGUCAAUGAUAUCACUGAGCUGUAGUCAUACUGUCACACAGACCCAGCAGUGACUCCCCUAUAUCGUUACAUUUGGUUUAGUCAUUCAGGAAAUCAUUAUUCCAGAGUCCAUUUUGAUUGUAAUUUGACGAUUGGAUGAGGACAGUGACUUCAUAUCAACAGGCACAUUCAUACUCACCCAACUUUUAUAUAUAGCCCAUAACUGACUGAUCUAUUAAUAACCUAUGCUUCCUGGUUUAUGUAAGCCAUGUUAUGACCAGAAAUGCCCUAAGCUCUGGGGAAUGACCUGAUUAGAGAUUGCAUUACCCCCACUUCUCGGUCCCAAAGACAAUAGCACAGCAAAAACGGCAUAACACCUCUAGUGAUUACCAACAUGCUCUAGGGUCAAGCCCUCUAACCUCGCCUCUCUUCCUCUCCCCAUGGAGAGCAGUGAAUCAUGGGAGUAUAGCCCUUUGGAUUAAUUUCAAGACCUGAUAGCCUGCAGGGGAAAGAGGGACCUUAUUGCUGUAACAAUACAUUCACUAGCUACAUGCAUUUGUCUAGUUGGAUGAAUGAAAAUGCAAGGUGGAGAAAUUAGCAACGCUCAUGCUCAGCCCAUCUCUGACUUCCCCCCUUUCCAGUCAUAAUUGCUGUAUUUGUGAGGAGUAAAUUCACUAGUCACAUAUUUGUUGCUGUAUCGAUUUCUUUCAAAAGGAAGAAGCAAACACUCAAACUCUUGCUUGUACAAAGCACCUUUUCCAAACUUCCAAAGUUCAAACAAAUGCCAGUCCCUUUAAAAAAAAGUACCAACAUGCUUUAGAUGGGUUUGGAUUGUGUACAUUGUUAACUGAUUUGCUACAUAGACACUGUUUUGUUGGGUAAACAUACACUGUAGGCAUUUACUCUGUCCAGUGGGGAAGCCAUAGUUAUGUCCUGAACAGUGGAUGUUGUCUUCUGGGUUUUGGCUUCUUUUGAUAAUUCAAUGGUCAUUAAACAUAAUGAGAGAGAGAGAACUCACCUGCUGCCCCCAGUGUAUUCAACACCAGAUUUACAACUCUUACAUUGUAAAUUACAAUGACAAUUCUGUUAAAAAAAAAAAAACAUUUGUAAUGUUAUUUGCAAAGAGAGUACACUCAGCUUUAUGUGAGAGAUUAGAUGUGCAUGACUCUGUACAUGUAACAUAAGCAACACCCUGUAGUAUUUACCCCUCUCUCUCUCCACCUCCAGCAGACACAUGGUCCUAUGUAAUGCUGGGCCACACUCAGAUUAUUGGGACAUCAUGGUUCUUGCGUGUAAAAGAGUCAUUUGAAUCAAGCCACUGCAAAUGAAGUCUUCUGAGAAUAGUAUUCUGGGCUAUUUUAGGGCAGACCCCCAAGCUCAAGCAUUUACUAACGGGUCAGGAGGUCUGUAAACGCAUGAGGGGAAAAGACUGUCCUCUCAAUUUACCGCCAGUCCUACAAACAUGGCGCAUUAGACUCCCUCAGAAACUGAGUCAUCCACAACACUCUCUCUCUCUCUCUCUCUCUCUCUCUCGCUCUCUCUCUUUCUCCCUGUCUCUCCCUUUCCCUUUCCCUCUUCCUCUCCCUCUCCCGCCUCUCUCUCUCUCUCUCUCUCUCUCUCUCUCCCUCUUUGUCCUCCCCCUCUCACACACACACAGUUGAUAUGUUAUUUUUACUUAACCACAAUUUAAAAAGAUUCACAGGGCUGUGUAGAGGAGACAUAGUGGGAAUGUUGUUGGGCGACCUCAUAUUGGGAUAUUGCUUUCAGUCCCUCUGCCACUCCUGAACUCAGCCUCUCUUAUACAAGUGUCUCUUCUUCAUCUCUGACAGAGCCUCUUUAUGCAGACUGUGUGUGCAUGCAUGUGUGCACUCGUCCAUGCGUGUGCGUGGUCCUAUUUAUAGCAUAUAUGGUCGGGAAGCACAAACAGCUUCUGGCCCUAAUUAGGAGAAUGGCUCCUCAGAAUGUUAGCGAUGUUGUCAGUGUCAAUACAUGGCACUGGGUUGUCUCUACCUGCUACUGGAUGAAAGUCAGGCACUGUUUACAAAUUGACCUUUGCUACGCGUGUCCAGUUUUGUUAAGCCCUUGAUAAGGUCAAAGUUAAAUUCCACUGCUCCACAAUAGUAUGACACAUCAGGCUGACUCAAUAAUUAUUUUGUUUUGUCAAGAAGAAUUGUCUCAAAGAACAUGAUAAUUUUGGUGUUUUCAGUUUCAUAUUCUACUACUGUAGUAUCACAAAAUGUAAGCCAACUCUUGAGAUUGUAAAAGUGUAAACACUUUUAAAUUGUUUUCAAUCUAUAGAUAUUUUAUAGUGCCAUGCUUGAAUCUAGGGUUGGGAGGUAUCCAGAUUUUCAUAUCCUCAUAUGUUCCUUCUCUCACACCGGGAUUUACGGAAUUACCGGCUUAGUACAUAAGGGGGUCUAUUACCAGAAUGGUAACAGAAUUAGCACUUUGUAAUAGAGAAUUUCCAUGGAGGCUGCUAGCUAAAUAUGCUAACGAGCGCAUACGAAAAUACACAAAUUGCAAAGACAGACAACCCAGCUCAUAAAGUUAUACAUAUAUAGAACUAACGAGAAUUCACGAAUGGGCAUUCUAUCAAAAGACAUCGCUCUGACUGAUGUGUAGCUACUUUUCUCCAGUACUUUUCUCGGGGCCAGCCUACUUUUCUCUGGUAAAAUGCAAGAUUAAUUUUAAACAAAACAUUAGGAAAUGUAGCUGGUUACAUUCUGUCUAUGAUAAACAUUAGAAAUAUGAUGGCCAUGCAUCUCCCCCCUCUUACCAAUGUUUCAGGCGCUGGAGAAUGCCAAACACAGAUGAAUAGAUAUACACAAAACAAAUACUAUUUGAAUCAACAACAACAAAAAAGUUAUUCAACUGGUCACAAGUAAAUGAGUUAGGUUUUCUCAAUUGAAAAAUACUGUUUAUUUGAUUAUUACCAAACUGAUAUUUCAAGUUGCAACCUAUUUCUUUCAACACUCUUUUCCUUUUUGGUUAAACCUAAUAAAUAACAAAUACAAUACAAUAUUUUAUGUAAAUACAACCCAUUUUUUCAUCUUGUUCGAAGUUCACUUUUUAAUUUGGAAUUACCUAUUCACAUUUUUUUAAAUUGCGUUACAAGAUAUUAAAUAAAUUCCCUGUGAAUCAAGACAUUAAGUUGGUUCAAUAACUUAAAAUAAUGUUUCCAAACAAAUUCUUUACACAAGACUUCCACAUUUAGUAGCCACAAUAUCGUAACCAAGCAUUGGCUACCUUAACAUAGAAACCUUAUCAGGCUCUUUAGUAUCACAUGCACCUUAUCAUUAUUAGGGCCAGUUGUUUUGGUUGUUUAUGUUUUGUUUUUUACCAGUAUUUCCAGCAUUAUCCACUAGGUUUGCUACAGGUAGAAAAUCCUAGGAAAUGUUAUUUAAUUGACACAAGCUGUCUCCAAUCAGUCAAUCAAUGUCUGGUUGUAUGUGAGUGUUUGGUGGGGGGAUCGCCUAACAAGUCAGCUACGCUACACAUGUUGCCAUCAGCAUUGUGUCAAUGUGACGUUCUACCUGCUAGACCAUAAACCAACCGAAAAUCAACUUUUUUUAAAUUCCCAUUCACAAGAUAGAAGAUAGAAUGCGUCAGCCAUCGAGAAUUGAACCUCUGCGAUUCUUGAGCUUGGACGCUGUCGUUGGACGUGACACAACGCGGGCAGUAUAGCAGCUUUCAUUGAUUUCAAAGGAAGCGUUCCCUCAAUGGCUGAUGGCUGAUGGCAAUGUUGGACGCCCGAUGGCUGUAGUUUAGCAGGGCCAUAAGACAGUGGAGGUGUAGCUCUACAAAUCUGAAUUGCACAACGCUUAUUAUUUGGCAGGGAAUGCUAUUUUAGAUCAGUGAUUCUACAUCUCACUUUGCUCAAGCUGAUCCUCUCCAACGGAUUCGGAAGAUGUAGCAAAAAAAUUGUCAAUUAGAGGCAGUUUAAGGGGAGUGCACCCUCAUUGACUGCAAUGGGGAAACCCAUUCUAGUAAUUAUAUUUCUAUGGUGGUAGGAUCCAGGGGCUGGAACGAAGGCACUGGCCUGAAACAUUGAUAUCUGAGUAUCACAGUUGAUUUAUUUAUUGAAUUACCCCUUAUUAUAGAAUUGUCAAUCCCCUCUCCUCUCUGUCUGGGUCUAGCCAUGGGUGUUCCCUGGGUCCCUCUGUCAACAGACUCUUCCUUUUGUUUCAUCACACUGGCUGUCCUUUGACUGCCUGCGAUUCCUAUAGCUUCUCAUUGUGGCAAGAAGAAGAUAGGACAGUUAGUAAAGGAUGGGUUUGGACCUCUUGGUAAAUGAGACAAAAACUAAAUGAAUUCAAUAACAACAAGAGGCAAACACUCUUUCAAUUCAAGAGAAGAAUGUAAAGUUAUCCUCCGAAAAUGGGUAAAAAAUAUACUACUGUAUAUAUUUGUUCCCACUGUCAUGUCACAGACUGGUAAAUGCACUCCAGAGUGGUCUGGGAUAGACUGCUACGUGUCUGCCAGUGUCAGACAGUCAGAAUUUUUGUGUCCCAAAUGGCACCCUAUUCUCUUUGCGCUCCUUUUGACCAGAGCCCUAUGGGCCCUGCCGCCCUGGUCAAAAGGAGCGCACCAUAUAGGGAAUAGCGUGCCAUUUGGGACGCAUCCAGAGAGUUGAUGAAGUGGCAGACAGGCAUUUAAUUACUUUCACACCAUUUUGAUUGGAUUAGCUUGCAAAGCCGGAGGCUGCAGUAACCUUCACACACAUCACUUACCCCUUUAGAAGACACACUCCAUGGUUUUGGUAGGAUAUUGGUUAGCAGCAUUUGUUGAUUGGAACAAAGGUUUCUACACAUAGACAUUCUCAAUGUAGGCAAUCAUGGAGGAGAAUGAAUGAUGGAGUGUAUUAGCCUAUGGUAGUGAUAUGAGGAUUUGGUAUAGAUUCUCCUCUUUCUCUUUAACCCUAUUUCAACACAUACUCCAUUUACAUUUGAGUCAUUUAGCAGACGCUCUUAUCCAAAGCGACUUACAGUUAGUGAGUGCAUACAGUUGUAGAAUAUGUAUAACCCCAUAUAUUGUCCUCUACACUCAACCACCUCUCUCUCCCUAUCACACACCCUUUGCCUGUUAUCGUAUAGCCAUUCAAUUCCAGACCUCCAGAUUUCAAAGUCUCUUUGACUAUGCCUCACUCUGUUCUCCCAGAGUUUUAAAUGCCAUGAGACAAAAACCUGAAUAGCAAGCCUCAGAUUCCUGGAAGUUGUAUUUUAUUAACCAUAUGUGGAAAGACAUGCCAAAGCUAAUGUGUCUGUGUAUUUCAAGACCAACAUUUUAUAAUAUGUAUUUUUUCUCUCAUGCCGUCAUAUUGUAAAAUGUCUGGUAUUGAAUGUAUGUCACUCUUAAGUAUAAUAACUUAAUUCAUAACCUCUCUCUCCCACUCCCUCUGUUUCUUCUCUCUAUUUCUCCUCUGCAGCAUGUGGCUCAGGGUUCUUUAAGCCUUCCCAGGGCAACCACCAGUGUCUCCAGUGUCCCAUCAACAGUCGCAUCACCAAUGAAGGGGCCACCAACUGUGUGUGCCGCAACGGUUACUACCGCACCAACUCAGAUCCCCCACUGAUGCCCUGCACCAGUAGGUUCCUGGUCCUUACAGUACCACACACUCUCCAUAGGGGGUGUUGUAGCACAGUGUUAAGGAAAGACAGUAGAGAUUCUCAUACUACAGCCUAUUUAGUAGGUUUUUUAUGUAUUUAAGAAUAUAGCGUUUUGUAGCAUGCAAACAUGUAUCAAAAUUGAUAUUUUGACUAAUGAAUUGACAAAUGCUCUCAGGACAUAAUGGACCAUUAUCAAUUCGUGAACUGAGUUUUCAUUUGUUAUUUGAAUUUACUAACAGAAUCCAUCACCUCUCCUCUAAUAAUUUAGGCCUAAUGUGUCAUUCACUAUAGAUAAAAGCACCUGUCUAGCAAAGACAGAAUGAAUCUGAUACAUGUUGUGCAUAAUGCAAUGAGCACAAACAAACCUAUGCUAACCUAUUCAACUUUCACUCUUUUAACAACACUCCAGCUCCACUUGUAUAUUUUCACAUCAAAUCAAAUCACAUUUUAUUGGUCACAUGCGCCGAAUACAACAGUGAAAUGCUUACUUACAGCCCUUAACCAACAGUGCAUUUAUUUUAACAAAAAAAGUAAAAAUAAAACAACAACAAAAAAAGUGUUGAGAAAAAAAGAGCAGAAGUAAAAUGCAUACUUCUAGGUGCCCCGUACCCGAGGGCAAAACACGGGUUAUGCUUCAUCCUGGUAUGUGGUGGCCCUCUUUUGUAUACGCACUGAACUGGUGGAAUGUCCCUUCCAUUCUCUUCCAUUGGUGCAACAGUCCGACAAGGACCUCAGAGAAAAUAGCCUGAGAGAUUUGCAUAAGCCUGUCCCUUAUGAGGGGGGCAGCUGUUUAGAAUGUGAAAACAUGGUCUGCGUCCCAAAUGGAACCCUAUUGCCUUUAUAGUGGACUACUUUUGACCAGAGCCCUAUAGGUACCCUAUUAUGGGCCCUGGUAAAAAGUAGUGCACUAUAAAGGCAAUAGGGUUCCAUUUGGGACGCACCCAGGGCCACAAUGGCGAGGUGGCCCUCAGCAGUCUUUUUCUGAUUGAAGAGGCAGAAAUGAGCAUGCAUGGGCAUUCUUUGUGUCUGUCAGAUUUCAACAGGACGCUAGCUAGCUCACUGCUCUUUUCACUGUUCUCGCUCCCUACUAUUGAAAUUUGUAUCUGAAGCCUGAUGGGGUUGAAUAGAGCUCAUGAAAAUACUUUGGUCUUUGAAUUUAGUGUCCGAAUAAUCACCUAAGGUGAAUACUUUCUGUUCAGUUGAAGUGUGGAGACUGUAGUUUUGUAACCUACUGUACACUACUCCAACCACAUAGAGUUAAUUUAUUACAGAGUUAACCAGCUGUCAACAACUCUGAUCCUGGAGAGCUAUAGUACAGGGUGUGGGUUGGGUUGAAAUCAAAUGCUGGACACCCUGUUGCUCCUCAGGACCAAGGUUGAUGAUGACCAGUGUCUGGAGUAUAGACCUUAUUAUCAGUGACCCUCCCUAAACUCUUCUUCAUCUCCCUCAUCUUCCCUGACAGCCAUCCCCUCUGCGCCCCAGAGCGUAAUCUCCAUCGUGAACGAGACAUCCCUGAGGUUGGAGUGGAGCGCGCCGCGCGAUGGCGGGGGCCGCGAGGACGUGGUCUACAACGUCAUCUGUAAGAACUGUGGAGGGGGCCGGGGAGGCUGCACACGCUGCGGGGACAACGUCCAGUUCGCCCCCCGCCAACUGGGCCUGACAGAGACCAGGGUCCACAUCAGUGACCUGCUGGCCCACACGCAAUACACCUUUGAGAUCCAGGCAGUCAACGGGGUCUCCGACCAGAGCCCCUACUCGCCACAGUACUCCUCGGUCAAAAUCACCACCAACCAGGCCGGUAAGGAACCAAUAGACACAGUCCGCUACAGCAAUUCAUUCACUCUUCUCCAACAGUACUGUGUUCAAGUGUGAAGUUCAGUGGAGAGAAAUGGUCAGCAGUGUGUCCAGUCUGACAAGGAGUGCCAAAGGAAAUAUUACACCAAAUAUGGGUUUAGACAUUUUGAUGGACGAAACAAUCAUCCUGGUGUUUUGCAAGGGCAAGAUCUGCAUAAGUAAAUAUACAGUGGGGAAAAAAAGUAUUUAGUCAGCCACCAAUUGUGCAAGUUCUCCCACUUAAAAAUAUGAGAGAGGCCUGUAAUUUUCAUCAUAGGUACACGUCAACUAUGACAGACAAAAUGAGAGAAAAAAAUCCAGAAAAUCACAUUGUAGGAUUCUUUAUGAAUUUAUUUGCAAAUUAUGGUUGAAAAUAAGUAUUUGGUCAAUAACAAAAGUUUCUCAAUACUUUGUUAUAUACCCUUUGUUGGCAAUGACACAGGUCAAACGUUUUCUGUAAGUCUUCACAAGGUUUUCACACACUGUUGCUGGUAUUUUGGCCCAUUCCUCCAUGCAGAUCUCCUCUAGAGCAGUGAUGUCGCUGGGCAACACGGACUUUCAACUCCCUCCAAAGAUUUUCUAUGGGGUUGAGAUCUGGAGACUGGCUAGGCCACUCCAGGACCUUGAAAUGCUUCUUACGAAGCCACUCCUUCGUUGCCCGGGCGGUGUGUUUGGGAUCAUUGUCAUGCUGAAAGACCCAGCCACGUUUCAUCUUCAAUGCCCUUGCUGAUGGAAGGAGGUUCUCACUCAAAAUCUCACGAUACAUGGCCCCAUUCAUUCUUUCCUUUACACGGAUCAGUCGUCCUGGUCCCUUUGCAGAAAAACAGCCCCAAAGCAUGAUGUUUCCACCCCCAUGCUUCACAGUAGGUAUGGUGUUCUUUGGAUGCAACUCAGCAUUCUUUGUCCUCCAAACACGACGAGUUGAGUUUUUACCAAAAAGUUCUAUUUUGGUUUCGUCUGACCAUAUGACAUUCUCCCAAUCCUCUUCUGGAUCAUCCAAAUGCACUCUAGCAAACUUCAGACGGGCCUGGACAUGUACUGGCUUAAGCAGGGGGACACGUCUGGCACUGCAGGAUUUGAGUCCCUGGUGGCGUAGUGUGUUACUGAUGAUAGGCUUUGUUACUUUGGUCCCAGCUCUCUGCAGGUCAUUCACUAGGUCCCCCCGUGUGGUUCUGGGAUUUUUGCUCACCGUUCUUGUGAUCAUUUUGACCCCACGGGGUGAGAUCUUGCGUGGAGCCCCAGAUCGAGGGAGAUUAUCAGUGGUCUUGUAUGUCUUCCAUUUCCUAAUAAUUGCUCCCACAGUUGAUUUCUUCAAACCAAGCUGCUUACCUAUUGAAGAUUCAGUCUUCCCAGCCUGGUGCAGGUCUACAAUUUUGUUUCUGGUGUCCUUUGACAGCUCUUUGGUCUUGGCCAUAGUGGAGUUUGGAGUGUGACUGUUUGAGGUUGUGGACAGGUGUCUUUUAUACUGAAAACAAGUUCAAACAGGUGCCAUUAAUACAGGUAACGAGUGGAGGACAGAGGAGCCUCUUAAAUAAGAAGUUACAGGUCUGUGAGAGCCAGAAAUCUUGCUUGUUUGUAGGUGACCAAAUACUUAUUUUCCACCAUAAUUUGCAUAUAAAUUCAUAAAAAUCCUACAAUGUGAUUUUCUGGAAUUUUUUUCCUCAAUUUGUCUGUCAUAGUUGACGUGUACCUAUGAUGAAAAUUACAGGCCUUGCACAAUUGGUGGCUGACUAAAUACUUUUUUCCCCCACUGUAUACUUAAUGUAGUACAAACCAUGUCUGUGUAAGGAUGCUUAAGUAAUAUUUAUGAUGUCUGCAUGAGAUAGAGGAUAUUCCUGAACAAUUCAGUGACAGAAUGAUUUGUGACCUUUAUUAGAAUUGAGUAAGUUGAAUUGCAUUUAGGGCGCUUGGAAUACAGUAUUCAGACAUGACUUACACCGUAUUUGUUCAGGUUCCAGUUUCAAUGAACUGGGUGUUAGGCAGUGUUGUUAUUGGGGUCAGGCUAUCGGUUGAAACUCUCUGCCCUUGAAACUGUAGUCUUUUCUCCAGUGCAGUAGCUGUCAGUCCCAAUUACUGUCUGGGCUGGGACUGUAAAAAUACCAAACUCCGGUUCCCAUGAGCCCCAGUGUCUUUGCGGCCGCUGGGACCUGCAAUUACAGACUAUAAGGACAAGCACUAAUAUUACAUAAACAGGGCCUCAUUAAGCCCUCAUUAAGGAAAUGUGUGUGUGUUUGUGUGUGUGUGUGUGUGUGUGUGUGUGUGUGCGCGCGCGCGUGCGUGCGGAUGGCUGUGUCUUUGCCUACUGAGUGAAUAUUUCACACCUCAGAGUGAAAACAAAUACAAUAUUACUAUUAGUAUUUUCAGAGCAUGGAUGACUGUAAUAGUACUUAAUAAACCGCCUCUGAUGUUCCUGGCUCUCCGUUCCUUCAGCACAGUACAGAUGUCAGCCUUAGAGACAGGGUGCAGGACCAGGCACAGGCUGCUGCAUCAUUAGUCUAUCUCUUGAUUGGCAGUUGAAAUUUUAAAGCUGUCUGCUCCCUGGUGUUGUGGUAUUGUCACUAACCCUAACCCUUCUAUCCCUGUCUAUCUGAACCUGUAUAUCCUUCUCUCUUCCCUCUUCUCUCUCUCUCUCGCUCUCUUUCUCUCAGCGCCAUCGGCCGUGUCGAUUAUGCACCAGGUGAGCCGGACCCCUGACAGCAUCACUCUCUCCUGGUCCCAACCUGACCAGCCCAACGGCCUCAUACUGGACUAUGAGCUGCAGUACUAUGAAAAGGUAAAGUCAGUUGACAGGUGUUACUACUGUAUUACUGCUGUAAUUGCUAUUACUGUAAGCUUGGGGAGCAUUCAAACAGUGAGCAGAUCCAGUCUUACACUCUGUGUGUGCGUGUGCAUGUGCAUGUGUGUGUUCCAGAGCAUGGCAGAAUGGAACUCAUCGGUGGUGCACAGUCAGACCAACACAGCAGUUAUCCAUGGCCUGAAGCCCGGAGCUAUAUACGUCUUCCAGGUGCGGGCUCGGACCGUAGCUGGAUUCGGACGCUUCAGCGGAAAGAUGUUCUUUCAGACCAUGACCGAAGGUAUGCCGUUCGAACUAGACCUCGAACCAUCGAAUAGUAUUUGUUUUAGUGUUUUUCAAACACUUGAUUUAGCUUGCCCGCUAUAUGGUAUAGUCCCAAAAGUGCAACAUUGCAGAGUAGGCCAACCUAGUAGAAGUUAAUAAGCGGAAUGGGGUUUAUUUUGUUGUGUACUUGCAGAGGAGUACAAGUCCAGCUUUCAGGAGAAGCUCCCCCUCAUCAUUGGCUCAGCCGCUGCAGGCGUGGUCUUCAUCAUCGCUGUCGUCGUAUUCGUCAUCGUCUGCAAUCGAAGAAGCUCUGAGAGACCAGAAUCUGAAUACACAGACAAGCCCCAGCACUACACCAGUGGCCACAGUGAGUAACGCCUUUACAAUUUUAAUCAUCUUUUUUUGAACUAGGAUUAAUUUAGAUUUAUAUAGAUUCACCUUCCAACAGACAACCAUCAAUCCGUGGGAAAUGUGUUGAAUGGUGGAGUGAAACAUUUGUUGAGAAAUAAUACUAUCAUCCUGGAGACAGUGGGGAUAUUACGGUUAGAUGUGGAAUACUGGGAGUUCAGGGUUACUACUGUACCUAACUACCUGUAUCAGGUCUUAGCCCAGGCAUCAUUUUAGCUACUCUUGUAUGUAGUCCCAAUGUGUAUCCCCAGGAUGUAUAUUAUGCAUAGCCUCUGUUUUCUUUGUUUCUCCUUCCAAGUGUCUCCAGGAAUGAAGAUCUAUAUCGACCCCUUCACUUAUGAGGACCCCAACGAGGCGGUGAGGGAGUUUGCCAAAGAGAUCGACACCUCCUGUGUCAAGAUCGAGCAAGUCAUUGGCGCAGGUAAAAAAUCAACCGGUGAAGGUGAUAACCCUACACAGUGGCUUGCGAAAGUAUUCACCCCCCUUGGCAUUUUUCCUAUUUUGUUGCCUUACAACCUGGAAUUUAAAUGGAUUUUUUGGGGGUUUGUAUCAUUUGAUUUACACGACAUGCCUACCACUUUGAAGAUGCAAAAUAUUUUUUAUUGUGAAACUAACAAGAAAUAAGACAAAAAACAGAACUUGAGCGUGCAUAACUAUUCACCCCCCCCAAAGUCAAUACUUUGUAGAGCCACCUUUUGCAGCAAUUACAGCUUGUAAGUCUCUUGGGAUAAUAAUAAUAAUAAUAUGCCAUUUAGCAGACGCUUUUAUCCAAAGCGACUUACUGUCAUGCGUGCAUACAUUUUUGUGUAUGGGUGGUCCCGGGGAUCGAACCCACUACCCUGGCGUUACAAGCACCGUGCUCUACCAGCUGGGUAUGUCUCUGUCAUUGUCCUGCUGAAAGGUGAACCUCCGUACCAGUCUCAAAUCUCUGGAAGACUGAAACAGGUUUCCCUCAAGAAUUUCCCUGUAUUUAGCGCCAUCCAUCAUUCCUUCAAUUCUGACAUGUUUCCCAGUCCCUGCCGAUGAAAAACAUCCCCACAGCAUGAUGCUGCCACCACCAUGCUUCACUGUGGUGUUCUCGGGGUGAUGAGAGGUGUUGGGUUUGCGCCAGACCUAGCAUUUUCCUUGAUGGCCAAAAAGCUCAAUUUUAGUCUCAUCUAACCAGAGUACCUUCUUCCAUAUGUUUGGAGAGUCUCCCACAUGCCUUUUGGCGAACACCAAACGUGUUUACUUAUUUUUUUCUUUAAGCAAUGGCUUUUUUCUGGCCACUCUUCCGUAAAGCCCAGCUCUGUGGAGUGUAUGGCUUAAAGUGGUCCUAUGGACAGAUACUUCAAUCUCCGCUGUGGAUCUUUGCAGCUCCUUCAGGGUCUCUUUGUUGUCUCUCUGAUUAAUGCCCUCCUUGCCUGGUCCGUGAGUUUUGGUGGUUGCACCAGAUCUUAUUUAGGGGCUUCAUAGCAAAGGGGGUGAAUACAUAUGCACGCACCACUUUUCCGUUAUUUAUUUUUUAGAAUAUUAUUAAACAAGUUAUUUUUUUCAUUUCACUUCACCAAUUUGGACUAUUUUGGGUAUGUUCAUUACAUGAAAUCCAAAUAAAAAUCAAUUUAAAUUACAGGUUGUAAUGCAAUAAAAUAGGAAAAACGCCAAGGGGGAUGAAUACUUUUGCAAGGCACUGUAUACAUUACAACAUAUACAUUAUAACACAUUUUAAACUUAGUCCUGGACUAAAAAGAAUUCUCAAUGGACAUUCGCCAUUGAAAUCACUUUUUAUUCCAGGACUUGACUUAAUCUGUGUAUGGGAAACUGGCCCAUAAAGUGUGAUAUUGAUAUACACGUGUGUAUUAAACCCAAUAAUUCAUCUUGUAAGAUUGUCUUACAUUUAAUAUAUCCAAGUUACAGACCCAUAUCAUAGCACUUGGAUAAAUCUUAUACAGAUGUAGGAUCUUAAUUUGAGCCAGUUUGCUACAGCAGGAAAAUAAUCCUGCAGCAACAGGAAAUGUGAAUUAUUAUGUGGAUUAUAAUUAAUGGACAUUUAAAAACAAAAAAUCGUUAGGGCAAAUCAAGUCUGAAAUGUUAAAGUGGAAAUUACAAACUUUAGAAGCCUUGUUAAACCUCGAAUACGCUACAAUUUUCUGCAACAGUCCUUUGCUGAUGCACAGUAAACCUGAACAUGUUAUUGUUCAGGAGAGUUUGGGGAGGUGUGCAGCGGGAACCUGCAUCUCCCGGGAAAGAGAGAGAUCCUGGUGGCCAUCAAGACCCUGAAGGUUGGCUACACAGAGCGCCAGAGACGGGACUUCCUAUCUGAGGCGUCCAUCAUGGGCCAGUUUGACCACCCCAACAUCAUCCACCUGGAGGGCGUGGUCACCAAGAGCGCCCCCGUCAUGAUCAUCACUGAGUUCAUGGAGAACGGAUCGCUGGACUCCUUCCUCAGGGUCAGUAGGUCAAUGGGCCUUAACGUAGGGCAUCUCAAUACUCUGGAGAGAUCUUUUCUCCUUUCCUUCCUUCUUCCAGACACUUAUCAGGUUCAUACACAGUAGGUGGCUUUCCCCUGUCUUGUCUUUUUGGAUCAGUGCAAAUAAAAGGAAAGGGCUGGAUCUCUGCCUAAUCUCAUGAGUGAAUUUCAGAGAUAAUGAAUAUGACAGCAUUUAAAAUUCAGAAAGUAUUCAUACCCCUUGACUUAUUCCACAUUUUGUUGUGAUAUAGCCUGAAUUCAAAAUGAAUUAAAAAAACAAAAGUAUCACUAAUCUACAAAGAAUACCCCAUAAUGACAAAGUGAAAACAUAUUUUUUUGCAAAUGUAUUGAAAAUGAAAUACAGAAAGAGGAAAUUUACAUAAGUAUUCACACCUCUGAGUCAAUACUUUGUAGAAGCACCUUUGGUGGUGAUUACAGCUUUGAGUCAUCUUGGGUAUGUCUGUAUCAGCUUUGCACAUCUGCAUUUUCUCCCAUUCUUCCCUGCAGAUUUUCUCAAGCUCUGUUAGGUUAGAUGGGGAGUGGCGGUGAACAGCAUUCUUCAAGUAUUUCCACAGAUUUUCAUUGGGUUUCAAGUCUGGGCUUUGGCUGGGCCACUCAAGGACUUUCACAUCCUUGUUCUGAAGCCAUUCCAGCAUUGCUUUGGAUGUAUGUUUGGGGUCCUUGUCCUGUUGGAACAUAAAUAUUUGCCCCAGUCUAAGGUUGUUUGCACUCUGAAGCAGGUUCUCAUCAAGGAUUUGCCUGUAUUUGGCUCCAUUCAUUGUUCCCUCUAUCCCAGUCCCUGCCGCUGAAAAGCAUCCCCAUUGCAUGAUGCUGCCACCACCAUGCUUCACAGAAGGGAUGGCGUUAGACAGGUGAUGAGCUGUGCCUGGUUUUCUCCUGACAUAGUGCUUUGCAUUCAGGCCAAAGAGUUACAUUUUUGUCUCAUCAGACCACAAAAACUUUUGCCAGAGUCUUUCACUUGCCUUUUUGUAAACUCCAGGCGUGCUGUCAUGUGCCUUUUUCUCAGGAGUGCCUUCUGUCUGGCUGCACUCCCAUAAAGCCUAGAUUGGUUAAGUGCUAUAGAGACUGUUUUCCUUCUGGCAGGUUCUCUCAUCUCAGCCAAGGAACUCUAUAGUGUCAGAGUGGUCAUUGGGUUCUUGGUCACCUCCCUGACCAAGGUCCUUCUUGCCCAGUUGCUCAGUUUGGUCGGACGCUCAGUUUGGUCGGACGGCCAGCUCUAGGCGGAGUCUGGGUAGUUCCAUAUUUGUUCCAAUUCCCAAUAAUGGGGACCACUGUGCUCUUGGAAACUUCCAACACUCUAUAAAUUGUUUUAUACCCUUCCCCAAAUAUAUGCCUCAUCACAAUUCUAUCGCAGAGAUCUAUAGACAGUUCCUUGGAUUUCAUGGUAUAGUUUCUGCUCUGACAUGCACUGUCAACUGUGGGACCUUAUAUAGACAGGUGUGUUUCUUUCUAAAUCAUGUCCAAACAAUUGAAUUGGCCACAGGUGGACUCCAAUCAAGUUGUAGUGACAUCUCAAGGAUGAUCAAAGGAAAUUGGAUGCACCUGAGCUCAAUUUAGAGCGUCAUAGCAAAAGGGUGUGAAUACUUAUGUAAAUUAGAUAUUUCUGUAUUUAAUUUUCUAUAAAUGUGCUAACAUUUCUAAUAACAUGUUUUCACUUUGUCAUUAUAGGGUAUUGUGUGUAGAUGGGUGAGAUAUUUGUUUUUAAUCCAUUUUGAAUUCAGGCUGUAACACAACAAAAUGUGGAAUAAGUCAAGGGGUAUGAAUACUUUCUGAAGGGACUGUAACACAGUAACCAGACAGUGGAUAAGUAUCUCUUAUCAACUACAGAUUUUUCAACUUCAACUACGUUUCAACAUCAAGAACACAAUGGAUUCAAGAACACAGUGGCUGUCUCUCCUCCCCAUCAACACUUUAUAGCUUUCUUGUUUUUGAUUCGCUGUAGUGGGUCCCUCCGGGCUGGGCCCAGGUGUGAGGUGUGUAGCGUUGGCUUAGUUAGAUCAGGCGAGCUCACAGAUCCAGAUGAGGAUCAACCAGACGCAAAAUGUUGUGCGGCUAACAACGCCUGGAAACUAAUAUGAGAACCAGCAUAAUUUUUUGAGAACGUGUACUGCACGCCUGAGCACAUAUCAGAGAGUAUAGCAUAAAACAUAACAUAACAUAACAUAGCAUAGUAUAGACAUAUAGCAAUAUAACAUUUCUGUAUUUCUUUAGCAAAAUGAUGGGCAGUUCACAGUGAUCCAACUGGUGGGCAUGCUGCGUGGCAUAGCAGCGGGCAUGAAGUACCUGAAUGACAUGAACUACGUGCACCGGGACCUGGCCGCCCGCAAUAUCCUGGUCAAUAGCAACCUGGUGUGUAAGGUGUCGGACUUCGGGCUCUCACGCUUUCUGGAGGAUGACACAUCAGAUCCCACUUACACCAGCGCCCUGGUGAGUGUGGCUCUGUCCCAAUAUCCAUACUUCCAUACUGUGUAGUAUGAAGCAAUGUAUUUUGGGCAUGUUAGACCCCACAAACACCAGUGUCCUGGUGAGUAUGGCUCUGUACCAAUCAUAGGAAUAUAUUAUAUUUCUAUGCUUCCAAUAUACACACUAGAAUACCACUUAUUAUGAAGCAAUGUAUUGGGCGUGCAUUGUAAGUGGUAUGCUAGUAUGGAAAUGUAUCAGGUUUAAGAUGAUAAAUACAGGAUGCAUCCUAAUAGUCUAAAGUGGCUUCUUCUCGUCUCCGUCCUUUCAUCGCCACUGAUUUGCAAGUUAUGGACACAGGAAAGCAAUAUCACAGUUGCUUGAAGGGAUACUUUGAGAUUUUGUCAAUGGCCUUUAUCUACUUCCCCAGAGUCAAAUUAACUCAUGGAUACCAUUUUUAUGUAUCUGCAUCCAGUAUGAAGGAAGUUAGAGGUAGUUUCACGAGCCAACGCUAACUAGCGUUGCGCUAAUGCUAGUUAGCAAUUGCACUAACGCUAGUAAGCAACUUCCUUCAAACUGCAGAGACAUAAAAAUGGUAUCCACGAGUUCAUCUGACUGGGGAAGUAAAGGUCAACAUUGCCAAAAUCCCAAAGUAUCCCUUUAACAAAGAAUUUGCUUUCACCUGUCCAGUGCUAUCAGAUCAGUGCAGAUGAAGACAAUGGAGAUGAGGAAACAACUAUCACUUCUUGAGACUAUUAAGAUCCACCCACAACCUAGGAUUUAUUUGCAGGCUCCAGUCCAAUUUUCUACCGUACUCCUGAAGUGUGCAUUCAAAAAAAAAAAGCAAGGGACUCUUCAUAUAAUGAAAAAGCUUUUAUUUGUAUGGCAUGUUCAAUGGAACAAAUAUUUUAAAACGCGUUUCGGCAGCAUGGCCUUCAUCAUGGAGUACUCCGAAAUGUGUCAGAGUUUUUAAAUGCUUGUUAUUUAACCGCUUUUAACCAAAGAGCACCUUUUAUUUACCAAUACCUACUAGUGUAUUAUCCAGGAGCACUUCCUUCCUCCUUUUUUGUACUCCUUCUUAUAGUUUUAAAAGAAAUGGACUGGUUUAAGAAAUAUGGUGGAAACUGACAUCAAGUCGCUCUGGAGAAGAGUGUCUGCUAAAUUACUUGCACCAAUCCAAUACUUCUAAAUGGAUGAGGAGAGUGACCAAGUGAACGGUCCUGACUGAGGGGUAGAGAAUUGGUACGCAACACUUGUCUGUCUUUCCAGGGAGCGAAGAUCCCUAUCCGAUGGACUGCCCCGGAAGCCAUCCAGUACAGGAAGUUCACCUCCUCCAGUGAUGGGUGGAGCUAUGGCAUCGUCAUGUGGGAGGUGAUGUCAUACGGAGAGAGGCCUUACUGGGAUAUGAGUAAUCAAGAUGUGAGUAUCCAGGAGUCAUCAUGGUCGUCAUCUCUCUCUCUCUCUCUCUCUCUCUCUCUCUCUCUCACUUUUACACUUUUAUUGUAAAUAAGAAUAGAAUGUUUAUAAACGCGUCUAUAUUAAUGUGGUUGCUUCCAUGAUUAUGGAUAGUCCUGAAUGAAACGUGAAUAAUGAUGAGUGAGAAAGUUACAGAUGCACAAAUAUCAUACCCCCCCCCCCCCCCCCCCCCCCAUGUCUUGGAGGUAUGAUACAGUGGCUUGCGAAAGUAUUCACCCCCCUUGGCAUUUUGUUGCCUUACAACCUGGAAUUAAAAUUGAUUUUUGGGGGAUUUGUAUCAUAUGAUUUACACAAUAUGCCUACCACUUUGAAGAUGCAGAAUAUUAUCCGUGAAACAAACAAGAAAUAAGACAAAGAAAACAGAGAACUUGAGCGUGCGUAACUAUUCACCCCCUCCCAAAGUCAAUACUUUGUAGAGCCACCUUUUGCAGCAAUUACUGCUGAAAGUCUUUUGGGGUAUGUCUCUAUAAGCUUGGCACAUCUAGCCACUGGGAUUUUUGCCCAUUCUUCAAGGCAAAACUGCUCCAGCUCCUUCAAGUUGGGUUCCGCUGGUGUACAGCAAUCUUUAAGUCAUACCACAGAUUCUCAAUUGGAUUGAGGUCUGGGCUUUGACUAGGCCAUUCCAAGACAUGUAAAUGUUUCCCCUUAAUCCACUCUAGUGUUUAUUUAGCAGUAUGCUUAGGGUCAUUGUCCUGCUGAAAGGUGAACCUCCAUCCCAGUCUCAAAUCUCUGGAAGACUGAAACAGGUUUCCCUCAAGAAUUUCCCUGUAUUUAGCGCCAUUCAUCAUUCCUUCAAUUCUGACAUGUUUCCCAGUCCCUGCCAAUGAAAAACAUCCCCACAGCAUAUUGCACAAGGAUGGUGUUCUUGGGGUUAGCGUUUUCCUUGAUGGCCAAAAAGCUCAAUUUUAGUCUCAUCUGACCAGAGUACCUUCUUCCAUAUGUUUGGGGAGUCUCCCACAUGUCUUUUGGCGAACACCAAACAUGUUUGCUUAUUUCUUUCUUUAAACAAUGUUUUUUUUCUGGCCACUCUUCCGUAAAGCCCAGCUCUGUAGAGUGUACGGCUUAAAGUGGUCCUAUGGACAGAUACUCCAAUCUCCACUGUAGAGCUUUGCAGCUCCUUCAGGGUUAUCUUUGGUCUCUUUGUUACCUCUCUGAUUAAUGCCCUCCUUGCCUGGUCCAUGAGUUUUGGUGGGCGGCCCUCUCUUGGCAGGUUUGUUGUGGUGCCAUAUUCUUUAAAUUUUUUAAUAAUGGAUUUAAUGGUGCUCCGUGGGAUGUUCAAAGUUUUGGAUAUUUUUUUAUAACCCAACCCUGAUCUGUACUUCUCCACAACUUUGUCCCUGACCUGUUUGGAGAGCUGCUUGGUCUUCAUAGUGCCGCUUGCUUGGUGGUGCCCCUUGCUUAGUGGUGUUGCAGACUCUGGGGCCUUUCAGAACAAAUGUAUGUACAGUGAGGGAAAAAAGUAUUUGAUCCCCUGCUGAUUUUAUACGUUUGCCCACUGACAAAGACAUGAUCAGUCUAUAAUUUUAAUGGUAGGUUUAUUUGAGCAGUGAGAGACAGAAUAACAACAAAAAAAUCCAGAUAAACGCAUGUCAAAAAUGUCAUAAAUUCAUUUGCAUUUUAAUGAGGGAAAUAAGUAUUUGACCCCUCUGCAAAACAUGACUUAGUACUUGGUGGCAAAACCCUUGUUGGCAAUCACAGAGGUCAGACGUUUCUUGUAGUUGGCCACCAGGUUUACACACAUCUCAGGAGGGAUUUUAUUCCACUCCUCUUUGCAGAUCUUCUCCAAGUCAUUAUGGUUUCGAGGCUGACGUUUGGCAACUCGAACCAUCAGCUCCCUCCACAGAUUUUCUAUGGGAUUAAGGUCUGGAGACUGGCUAGGCCACUCCAGGACCUUAAUGUGCUUCUUCUUGAGCCACUCCUUUGUUGCCUUGGCCGUGUGUUUUGGGUCAUUGUCAUGCUGGAAUACCCAUCCACGACCCAUUUUCAAUGCCCUGGCUGAGGGAAGGAGGUUCUCACCCAAGAUUUGAUGGUACAUGGCCCCAUCCAUCGUCCCUUUGAUGCGGUGAAGUUGUCCUGUCCCCUUAGCAGAAAAACACCCCCAAAGCAUAAUGUUUCCACCUCCAUGUUUGACGGUGGGGAUGGUGUUCUUGGGGUCAUAGGCAGCAUUCCUCCUCCAAACACGGCGAGUUGAGUUGAUGCCAAAGAGCUCGAUUUUGGUCAGUUCUCCUCUGAAUCAUUCAGAUGUUCAUUGGCAAACUUCAGACGGGCCUGUAUAUGUGCUUUCUUGAGCAGGGGGACCUUGCGGGCGCUGCAGGAUUUCAAUCCUUCACGGCGUAGUGUGUUACCAAUUGUUUUCUUGGUGACUAUGGUCCCAGCUGCCUUGAGAUCAUUGACAAGAUCCUCCCGUGUAGUUCUGGGCUGAUUCCUCACUGUUCUCAUGAUCAUUGCAACUCCACGAGGUGAGAUCUUGCAUGGAGCCCCAGGCCGAGGGAGAUUGACAGUUAUUUUGUGUUUCUUCCAUUUGUGAAUAAUCACACCAACUGUUGUCACCUUCUCACCAAGCUGCUUGGCGAUGGUCUUGUAGCCCAUUCCAGCCUUGUGUAGGUCUACAGUCUUGUCCCUGACGUCCUUGGAGAGCUCUUUGGUCUUGGCCAUGGUGGAGAGUUUGGAAUCUGAUUGAUUGAUUGCUUCUGUGGACAGGUGUCUUUUAUACAGGUAACAAGCUGAGAUUAGGAGCACUCCCUUUAAGAGUGUGCUCCUAAUCUCAGCUCGUUACCUGUAUAAAAGACACCUGGGAGCCAGAAAUCUUUCUGAUUGAGAGGGGGUCAAAUACUUAUUUCCCUCAUUAAAAUGCAAAUCAAUUUAUAACAUUUUUGACAUGCGUUUUUCUGGAUUUUUUUGUUGUUAUUUUGUCUCUCACUGUUCAAAUAAACCUACCAUUAAAAUUAUAGACUGAUAAUUUCUUUGUCAGUGGGCAAACGUACAAAAUCAGCAGGGGAUCAAAUACUUUUUUCCCUCACUGUAUACUGAGAUCAUGUGACAGAUCAUAUGACACUUAGAUUGCACACAGGUGGACUUUAUUUAACUAAUUAUGUGAAUUCUGAAGGUAAUUGGUUGCACCACAUCUUAUUUAGGGGCUUCAUAGCAAAGGGGUGAAUACAUAUGCACGCAUCACUUUUCCGUUAUUUAUUUUUUAGAAUUUUUUGAAACAAGUUAUUUUUUUCAUUUCACUUCACCAAUUUGGACAAUUUUGUGUAUGUCCAUUACAUGAAAUCCAAAUAAAAAUCCAUUUAAAUUACAGGUUGCAAUGCAACAAAAUAGGAAAAACACCAAGGGGGAUGAAUACUUUUGCAAGGCACUGUAUUUGUAUGUCUGUUACUUUCUCACUCAUCAUUAUUCACGAUUAAUUCAGGACUAUCCGUAAUCUAUUGGUCUCCCGAGUGGUGCAGUGGUCUAAGGCACUGCAUCUGUGCCACUAGAGAUCCUGGUUCGAAUCCAGGCUCUGUCGUAGCCAGCCGCGACUGGGAGACCCAUGGGGCGGCGCACAAUUCGUCCAGGGAAUGGCCGGCAGGGACGUAGCUCAGUUGGUAGAGCAUGGCGUUUGCAACGCCAGGGUUGUGGGUUCGAUUCCCACGGGGGGCCAGUAUUAAAAAAUAAUAAUGUAUGCACUCACUACCUGUAAGUUGCUCUGGAUAAGAGCGUCUGCUAAAAUGUAAAUGUGUUCUUAUUUACAAUAAAAGUGACUCCAAAAUGACACAAUACAUUAUUUACCAUUAAUUUCUGCUGGGCACAAAAUAAUCUGAAACACAACCAAAACAAACAGCAAAUGCAUCCAACCAAUUUGUAGAGUCACAAGCUUGAUGUAGUCAUUGCGUGCUAUGAAUAUGGUACCAAAUAUUUAACUUUCUACGACUUUAAUACACAUAAGUGAAUUUGUCCCAAUACUUUUGGUUCCCUAAAAUGGGGGGACUAUGUACAAAAAGUACUGUAAUUUCUAAACUGUUCACCUGAUAUGGAUGAACAUACCCUCAUAUUAAAGCUGACAGUCUGCACUUGAGCCUCAUAGCUAUUGUAUCAUUUCAAAUAUGUCGCUGUCCCAACACUUUUGGAGGGAGGGAGCGAUCGAGACACAUACAGAUAGAGACAGUCUCACUAUACUUAUUAUACAUUUGAUUCAGACAGUAUAAACCACAUGGGGAGACCAACAACUUAGGCCAAGGCCUCUGUGAUUUCUAAAUCAUCAUUGAUAUAAAUGUUCAUAUCAAUCUGUGCCAAUGCCCUGUAGGUGAUCAAUGCCAUAGAACAGGACUACCGGUUGCCCCCGCCCAUGGACUGCCCUAGUGCCCUGCACCAGCUCAUGCUGGACUGCUGGCAGAAGGACCGCAACAAUCGGCCCAAGUUCAGCCAGAUUGUCAACAACCUAGACAAGAUGAUCCGCAACCCCAACAGUCUGAAGGCCAUGACGCCGCUGUCAUCAAGGUAAGGCACUCACAGGCUGUAUGUCAGUCAUCUGAAAUGGCAUCUACCUUUUCCUCAUCUCCUUUCCUCAAUGACAACCAUUAAUCUCAGAGGCCUAUCCAGUCCUUUGAUUCACUGUUUAUUAGUCUUUUCUCUUUGUCUUUUGGGGUUUGGGUUCUCACUGGGUUGUCAUUGGGUUUGUUUGGGUUCUCACUGGGUUGUCAUUGGGUUUGUUGGGGUUCUCACUGGGUUGUCAUUGGGUUUGUUUGGGUACUCACUGGGUUGUCAUUGGGUUUGUUUGGGUUCUCACUGGGUUGUCAUUGGGUUUGGGUUCUACUGGGUUGUCAUUGGGUUUGUUUGGGUUCUCACUGGGUUCCUCUCCUGUUCCUAGUGUUCACCUACCUCUGCUGGACCGCAGCACGCCUGACUUCUCCAGCUUCAGCACCGUGGACGAGUGGCUGGAUGCCAUCAAGAUGGGCCAGUACAAGGAGAACUUUGCCAACGAGGACUUCACCAGCUUCGACGUGGUCUCCCAAAUGACCAUGGAGUAAGUAAACCUCCCCAGACUGUGCUAAAUGUGUCCUGGACUGUACUAAAUGUGUCCUGGACUGUACUAAAUGUGUCCUAGACUGUGCUAAAUGUGUCCUGGACUGUACUAAAUGUGUCCUGGACUGUGCUAAAUGUGUCCUGGACUGUACUAAAUGUGUCCUGGACUGUGCUAAAUGUGUCAUAGACACAGUGUUGUGUCACUGACUGCUCUCUCUCUCCACAGGGACAUCCUCCGAGUAGGGGUGACCCUAGCGGGCCACCAGAAGAAGAUCCUGAACAGUGUCCAGUCUAUGCGGGCCCAGAUGAAUCAGAUCACCUCCGUUGAGGUCUGACCUCUGAUGUCUAGACGGGGAGGCCACUGGACUGGACCCCCAGCCUGGUCUCCCUGUCAGACUUUGACCCCCCACCCCCAUCAGACCCCCUUAUCUAG